CUGCUCAGAAUAUUACCAUGUCUGCCCAAGAUGAAGGAGGCCGGGAUCCUCCCAAACCCAAGGGCAAGACCCUGGGAAGUUUCUUGGGGUCCCUGCCUGGCUUCAGUUCUGCCCGGAACCUCGUGGCCAGCGCCCACAGUUCUGCGAGAGAGGUCCGGCCGGUCGCCGACCCUGCGGGUGCGUCCGCGCAGCCCCAGGCUCAGGCAGCCGCCAACCUGGAGCAGACGGCCGGCGGGGAGAAGCAGCGGCCGCCUUCAGAUAAGAUGACCUCUGGGGCAAAGGACCUGGUGAGCUCCAAGAUGAGUAAGACCAAGGACACCAUCUCCUCUGGGAUGGCCAACGUGGUGGACACAGCUCAAGGUGUGGUGCACGGAGGCCUGGGCAUGACCCAGUCUGCCCUCUCAGGUGCCAAGGAGACUGUGGCCAGUGGCGUCACAGGGGCAGUGGGUGUGGCUAAGGGCACGGUCCAGACCGGCCUGGACACUUCAAAGACCGUCCUGACAGGCACCAAGGACACCGUGUGCAGUGGGGUGACUGCAGCCAUGAAUGUGGCCAAAGGGGCUGUCCAGACCGGCCUGGACACUUCAAAGACCGUCCUGACGGGCACCAAGGACACCCUAUCUACUGGGCUCACAGGCGCACUGGGCAUGGCCAAGGGCACCGUCCAGACCGGCCUGGACACCACCAAGAAUAUUGUCACAGGCACCAAAGACACCGUGUCCGCUGGGGUGACAGGGGCAGUGACCAUGGCCAAGGGCACCGUCCAGACCGGCCUGGACACUUCAAAGACCGUCCUGACGGGCACCAAGGACACCCUGUCUACUGGGCUCACAGGCGCACUGGGCAUGGCCAAGGGCACCGUCCAGACCGGCCUGGACACCACCAAGAAUAUUGUCACAGGCACUAAAGACACAGUGUCCGCUGGGGUGACAGGGGCAGUGAACAUGGCCAAGGGCACCGUCCAGACCGGCCUGGACACUUCAAAGACCAUCCUGACGGGUACCAAGGACACUGUGUCCGCGGGGCUCUCUGGGGCAAUGAACAUGGCCAAGGGCACCGUCCAGACCGGCCUGGACACUUCAAAGACCAUCCUGACGGGUACCAAGGACACUGUGUCCACGGGGCUCUCGGGGGCAAUGAACAUGGCCAAGGGCACCGUCCAGACUGGCCUGGACACCACCAAGGCUGUCCUGACAGGCACCAAGGACACCGUGUGCAGUGGGGUGACUGGAGCCAUGAAUGUGGCCAAAGGGGCUGUCCAGACCGGCCUGGACACUUCAAAGACCGUCCUGACGGGCACCAAGGACACCCUAUCUACUGGGCUCACAGGUGCACUGGGCAUGGCCAAGGGCACGGUCCAGACCGGCCUGGACACCACCAAGAAUAUUGUCACAGGCACCAAAGACACCGUGUCCGCUGGGGUGACAGGGGCAGUGACCAUGGCCAAGGGCACGGUCCAGACCGGCCUGGACACCACCAAGAAUAUUGUCACAGGCACCAAAGACACCGUGUCCGCUGGGGUGACAGGGGCAGUGAACAUGGCCAAGGGCACGGUCCAGACCGGCCUGGACACUUCAAAGACCGUCCUGACGGGCACCAAGGACACCCUGUCUACUGGGCUCACAGGUGCACUGGGCAUGGCCAAGGGCACCGUCCAGACCGGCCUGGACACCACCAAGAAUAUUGUCACAGGCACCAAAGACACCGUGUGCAGUGGGGUGACUGGAGCCAUGAAUGUGGCCAAAGGGGCUGUCCAGACCGGCCUGGACACUUCAAAGACCGUCCUGACGGGCACCAAGGACACCCUAUCUACUGGGCUCACAGGGGCAGUGAACAUGGCCAAGGGCACCGUCCAGACCGGCCUGGACACUUCAAAGACCGUCCUGACGGGCACCAAGGACACCCUAUCUACUGGGCUCACAGGCGCACUGGGCAUGGCCAAGGGCACCGUCCAGACCGGCCUGGACACCACCAAGAAUAUUGUCACAGGCACCAAAGACACCGUGUCCGCUGGGGUGACAGGGGCAGUGAACAUGGCCAAGGGCACCGUCCAGACCGGCCUGGACACUUCAAAGACCAUCCUGACGGGUACCAAGGACACUGUGUCCGCGGGGCUCUCUGGGGCAAUGAACAUGGCCAAGGGCACCGUCCAGACCGGCCUGGACACUUCAAAGACCAUCCUGACGGGUACCAAGGACACUGUGUCCACGGGGCUCUCGGGGGCAAUGAACAUGGCCAAGGGCACCGUCCAGACUGGCCUGGACACCACCAAGAAUAUUGUCACAGGCACCAAAGACACCGUGUGCAGUGGGGUGACUGGAGCCAUGAAUGUGGCCAAAGGGGCUGUCCAGACCGGCCUGGACACUUCAAAGACCGUCCUGACGGGCACCAAGGACACCCUGUCUACUGGGCUCACAGGUGCACUGGGCAUGGCCAAGGGCACGGUCCAGACCGGCCUGGACACUUCAAAGACCAUCCUGACGGGCACCAAGGACACCGUGUGCAGUGGGGUGACUGGAGCCAUGAAUGUGGCCAAAGGGGCUGUCCAGACCGGCCUGGACACUUCAAAGACCGUCCUGACGGGCACCAAGGACACCGUGUGCAGUGGGGUGACUGGAGCCAUGAAUGUGGCCAAAGGGGCCGGCACGGUCCAGACCGGCCUGGACACCACCAAGAAUAUUGUCACAGGCACCAAAGACACCGUGUCCGCUGGGGUGACAGGGGCAGUGAACAUGGCCAAGGGCACCGUCCAGACCGGCCUGGACACUUCAAAGACCGUCCUGACGGGCACCAAGGACACCCUAUCUACUGGGCUCACAGGCGCACUGGUCAUGGCCAAGGGCACGGUCCAGACCGGCCUGGACACCACCAAGAAUAUUGUCACAGGCACCAAAGACACCGUGUCCGCUGGGGUGACAGGGGCAGUGAACAUGGCCAAGGGCACCGUCCAGACCGGCCUGGACACUUCAAAGACCAUCCUGACGGGUACCAAGGACACUGUGUCCACGGGGCUCUCUGGGGCAAUGAACAUGGCCAAGGGCACCGUCCAGACUGGCCUGGACACCACCAAGGCUGUCCUGACAGGCACCAAGGACACCGUGUGCAGUGGGGUGACUGGAGCCAUGAAUGUGGCCAAAGGGGCCGUCCAGACCGGCCUGGACACUUCAAAGACCGUCCUGACGGGCACCAAGGACACCCUGUCUACUGGGCUCACAGGGGCAGGGAACGUGGCCAAGGGGGCAGUGCAGACUGGUCUCGGCACCAUCCAGAACUGGUUACCUGGCACCCGGGACCCUGUGUGGGGUGGACUCACCAGUUCCAGUGCCCCCCGCAAAGGAGGGGAAGCUCUGUCCCCCGGAGUAUCUAGCGCCCCGGCCACACUUGGUGCAGGCCUGGACCUUGUCCGGGAAGCCACCGCUGAAGCAACACGUCCCCAGGGGGCCACCCUGGGCAGGGAGGAUGCGGGGCACGUGGCCACCGCGCACGGCCACGAAGGACCCACGAGCUUCGCGACACUCCGGGACGAGCUGAAGGAGCUGGGGGAUGUCUUCCGGCCCCUGGAUGCCGAGGAGCAAGCCCAGCUUGCCGCCUCCGAGCCUGAGCCAAGGGUGCUCACGGCCGACCAGCGCAGCUACUUUGUGCGUCUGAGCGACCUGGCCCCCGGCUUCCGCCAGCGGGCUUUUGAGCACGCCCUGAGCCACCUGCAACACGGCCAGUUCCAGGCCAGGGCCGCGCUGGCCCAGCUGGAGGACGUCUUCAAGCUGAUUCAGAAGGCCGAGCGGGCUCCAGAGGGCCAGUCACCUCCAGACCAGGGUCCGAGCAGCAGAGCGGAGGAAGGCGCGACGCAAGAGGUGCCGGACGCCGGGGCCCUGUCCAAGGCCUGCAGCCUCAUCCAGCAGCUCCACGUGGCCUACAGCUCCCUGGCCUCCGGCCUCCAGGGCCUCCCCGAGGAGCUCCAGCAGCGUGUCGGGCGGGCGCGGCACAGCCUGUGUGAGCUCUACGGCCUGGUCUCCUCGGCCAGCUCGGUCCAGCAGCUGCCGGCAGAGCGCCUGGCCCGGAGCCACGAGGGCGUGGGCCGGGCCUGGCAAGAGCUGGAGCAGAUGCUGGACAGCGUGCAGCACGGCCCGCCGCUCUGCUGGCUGGUGGGGCCCUUCGCCCUGCCGCCCGGCGGGCAGCGGCUGUAGGCCGCUCCCGGCCCACGGGGGGCCCUCUGCGGGGCCUCCUCCCCGGCCCCAAACCGGCUCCCCCUCCCCGAAGGUCUGGACCCUGCGCUGCCUCGCCCCAGCGGGGGCACCAAGGACCGUGAGCUCAGCGGCACCACGCACCCGGCUCUAGGCCUGCCCGCACCGUUCACCCCUUCUCCUCCGGGUCUGGGGGCCCAGGGUUGCUAAGACCGCUGACGGAGGGUGUUUGCCUGAGGAUCUCAAGCAAGCACUGCCAUUAAGAAAGAGAAACGGACACGUGCCUAAGUCUAGAAGGUUCCGUCCAGUUCUCUUGCUCCUCCCUCCUGGGCUCCCGGCUCUAUCCUCGCUCUAGAAGCAUACGCCCUCAGCAAACCAUGUUCCGUUGCAGCCGAAUGUACCAGAAGGCCACUGUCACCCCAAGACAGGCUCCUCCCACCUCUGCCGACGCUCAGUGUGGCCAGGGGGCUUUGUGAGGGUCAAGGCUGCGGCAGCCAGCAGCCAUGGCUAUGCCCCGGGCCGGCUGGAGGACUGGACGGGGGCGGAUAUAAAACCAGCCACUUCCCACCUGGGCCUACCCGGAGCUGAUGCUCUGUGGCCCUCCAAGCACCUGGGCUGAGGCCUCUGAGGAAGGACCAGCAGAGCUUCCCCGCAGGGGACGGAGCCCUGGGACGGUGGGGGCGGGUAUGUGACCGCAGGUGCUCAGCACGUUCAGGUAGGCCCCACACUUGGUCGAGGCUGGAGAACAGCUGUGACGCAGCACCCCAUCCUUCUGGGCCACACUUCCCCAAAUGCCCAGGGCAGCCACGCCAGGGUGGCACGUGGGACUACAGGACGCCAGGCACGCUCUCCCUGGGCCUCACCUGUCCUCCGGCCGGGGGGACCCUUGCCAAGGAAGACCCCGCUUCCCAGAACCCGCAUCCCACCCUCGACCCCCCGGUCAGGCCCCAGGACCAUAUAGCCCCUUCUCACACACGAUGCGGUGCUCUGAGCCCAGGACGCGACACCAGCCUUCCCCCAAAGGGUCGCCAGGCUCCUGGGCACUGGCCAUGUGAGACACGGGGAACGGGUCAGGAAGCCCCUCGGGUUCUUCCUUGACACCCGUCCUUCCUUGGUGUCCCUCACGCACUGUCAUCACAGGAAGAGAUGCUGGACACGUUCACACAAGCUGAGCACAGGAGCUGGAGCUCCAGUCCAGCCAAACCAAAUGAGGGGCGCCAGGCUCAGGAAGUCCCAGCCUGACCACAGCCUCGGUGGGAACGGAGGCUCCUGGCCAGGGCAGGGUAAGUCACAUACAGUGGACGCCACUGUUUAGCCAGCAACUGCCCAGUGCGGGGGUCUGUCUGAAUCCGCGUGAUGGCCCCGUGAGCCUGGGAUCCUUACACAGGUGAGGAAUGAGAAGCCCGGGGUGGGAGUGCCACUCGUCCAAGGUCACAGAGCAAGUCCUGCCCCCAGUGCUCACACCCUUGGAACAUCAAGGACACUGGCCAGCCCACAGCGGCCCCCAAGCCUGAAUGGCUCGAAUGCCCCGAGCUACUGCUUCUGGGGACCCUGAAUCUUGCCUCGGGGGUCCCGGAGCCACCUGCAGCCUGGCUGGGAACAGAGAAGCACGGUCUCCACCCUCCGGGCCCAGGCCCGCCCGCUGGGUCCCUGCUCCCGCCUGGGUGCUGGGCGGCCGCACGCAGGAGGGUCAGACCACAGCCUCCACUCGAACCCCCAUUACUUCUAUGAAGGCCCACCCCCCACCCCCACUCUCCCUCACCGUCAGCCCUGCAGGGCCAGGCCAGGCAGGGGCACCUUCGCAACCAAGUUCACGUUCGCUGUGAAUGCUACGGCUUAAAUCCUUCGUCCCUGGACGGGUCCUGGACAGCUGCCCCAGCAACACUAGACAACCAAGUCAAUAAAAGUGACUUUCAUUAAAAAAAC